AUGGAUCGGAAAAAGAAGGCAGCGAGAGCCCGGCGCCACCGGCACAACAAAAAGAGCAAAGUGUGCGAUCUUCCUCACCGGCUGCCUCCCGCUCUCCAGCGCUGCCUUCCUGAAUGGCUGGCUGCGUCCGGCCCUGGACCUGGCCCCCCGACACCCGGCCCGCCGGGUGCGGGCCAGAGCCAGCAGCACAUCGAGUGCGUGGUGUGCGGGGACAAGUCGAGCGGCAAGCACUACGGCCAAUUCACCUGCGAGGGCUGCAAAAGUUUCUUCAAGAGGAGCGUCCGCAGGAACUUAACUUACACAUGCCGUGCCAACAGGAACUGUCCCAUCGACCAGCACCACCGCAACCAGUGCCAAUACUGCCGCCUCAAGAAGUGCCUCAAAGUGGGCAUGAGGCGGGAAGGUGAAUAUUUCUUCUCUGCUUCUCUCCCUGCGCUUCGCCCGCCUCCCUGGCUCUCUUUUCUUUCUGUGUCGCCCGGAUGGUUAAUGAAUCCAGUGUUUUUGCAGUUGCAAGCUCGUGCAUUCACUGGGCAAAAGCUGGCUGCAGGUUGCAGUGGCACCCCCAAUCCAGGCCAGUACGCACUCACCAACGGGGACCCCCUCAACGGCCACUGCUACCUGUCCGGCUACAUCUCGCUGCUGCUGCGCGCCGAGCCCUAUCCCACGUCGCGCUAUGGCAGCCAGUGCAUGCAGCCCAACAACAUCAUGGGCAUCGAGAACAUCUGCGAGCUGGCCGCGCGCUUGCUCUUCAGUGCCGUCGAGUGGGCCCGCAACAUCCCCUUCUUCCCGGAUCUGCAGAUCACCGACCAGGUGUCCCUGCUACGCCUCACCUGGAGCGAGCUGUUCGUGCUCAACGCGGCCCAGUGCUCCAUGCCGCUGCACGUGGCGCCGCUGCUGGCCGCCGCCGGCCUGCACGCCUCGCCCAUGUCCGCCGACCGCGUCGUGGCCUUCAUGGACCACAUCCGCAUCUUCCAAGAGCAGGUGGAGAAGCUCAAGGCGCUGCACGUCGACUCGGCCGAGUACAGCUGCCUCAAAGCCAUCGUGCUGUUCACGUCAGACGCCUGUGGCCUGUCGGAUGCCGCCCACAUCGAGAGCCUGCAAGAGAAGUCGCAGUGCGCGCUGGAGGAGUACGUGAGAAGCCAGUACCCCAAUCAGCCCAGCCGAUUCGGCAAACUGCUGCUGCGACUGCCCUCGCUGCGAACCGUGUCCUCCUCCGUCAUAGAGCAGCUCUUCUUCGUCCGUUUGGUAGGUAAAACCCCCAUCGAAACUCUCAUCCGUGAUAUGUUACUGUCUGGCAGCAGCUUCAACUGGCCUUACAUGUCCAUUCAGUGCUCCUAGACCUUGGGCGCGUCCCACCUGCCCCGCCCCCCUAGGGACUCAGAGGUCCCGGCCGGGCCAAGGACUCCAAAGCCGUGGGGACACCGGGCCACUGACUCCGGGUGCGGGGGCGGCGGGCCAGGCAGGCCGGGCGGGGGAGGAGGGCUGGGACAGGAGCAGCCCACCCUGCAGAGAUGCAGCCCGAGCUGCAAACCAGGAGAAAAAGAGACUCUCUUAGGAUCAGAUCUGUGAGCACGUUGGAAAGGAAAGAAAAAGGACUUUGUGUCUGGUGAGAAAAAGAAAAAAAAAAUUUGGAAGAGAGGACCAUAAGAAUUUUAAUAAAACAGAAGGAGACUAGUGGACCUUCCAGGAUUUAUUGUGGACGGAUGUGGAUAUAUUCUGUACAGAAAACAACACAUAUGGAAGUGGACUGAAUCCUAUGUAGAAACACACACACACACCAAACAUUGUUAUUCAUUUUGUAAAAUACUAGUCUUUAUUUUCAUUUUUUGUAAAA